AUGGAGAUGACAACAAAACUGCCACAAACCCUUUUCUCCAGGAAAUACGUCACGUUUAGAGCCGACUGGACUCGAGCGUAUGCUCGAUUUGAUUCACCGAGGUCGCUGAUAGGGGCGGAUAACUUAUUUUAUGUAGCCCAAAGCAGACAGCAAGCUGUGUACCGCUGUGUGUGACCGCCAUCUACUGGAUAUCCAUUCAACUUACACCCAUGGAUAAAAAGCACUUUGCACAGUAGAGGGUGCCAUAAUACAGAGCCUGACUCUGCACGGAUAUGCCAUGCACCCGUUACAGCAUGGUAUGAGUAAAACCAAGCCCGCUUUCAGCAGCUCCCCCUUUAGCACGAACCAAAGUUAUCCCGGAAUAAGGACAGCACGCAUGUGCCAGAACCCGGAUGUACAUAUUUCUGUACUCGUCUCUAUCCCCCGUCUUGCCAAGUUAUGACAAAUUUGCUCUCAAAAAGAAUUAUAUAUCUUAGCAGCGCUUUAAAGCGUUGCCAUUCCAAACCAGUCCAAACCGGGUUAACCAGCUGUGACACAAGUCGACUUACGUGGAUGUCACAUCUGAGUGACUCCACAACAGUCCGUUAAGGAAGAGCUGCACUGUGAUUUACGAAUACAUCCUGCAACUUUGAGGAUGGACUUUCGCGGCAGGAGGCAUGAGCGAGGCAGCAACUGGACCGACCCGGAGAUAGUGGAACUGCUCCAGCUGUGGUCCGAUGAGUCGGUCCAAAUUGAACUGGAGAGCUCACUGCGGAACCAGCGGGUGUUUGACCGCAUAGCCCACAUCUUGCGCGAAAAGGGCAUCUACCGGACCGGCGACCAGUGCAGGGAGAAGAUAAAAAAGAUGAAGCUGGAGUACCGCCGCAUUAAGGACAACCACAAAAUGAGGUCCUGGAAGUUCUAUGAUGUGAUGGACAGGGUGCUGGCGAACAGACCGGCUAUUACCUACUCCUCCCUGGGUGGAGCUGUUAUUGCUCAACAGGUGUUUCAGAGCCCGAGUGGGCCUGAUGCAUACCUGCAAGGAGUCCCAGCAAGCGCCUUUGGUCCUGCUUCGUCAGGUGGGUUUCUGUUUGGUCAGCCUCCAAAACCUGGAGACCCACUGGAUAUUAAAUGUGAAGAUGUUGAGGAGAGUAUGCUGAAUUCAGGCGUAGCCCCCCCUGAGAUGUACUACGGAUCUGGAGAUGAUCAGGAGACUGAUGGGCAGUCUCUAUUGGAGCCAGAGGACUCUCUGGGCCAAGGAGAGGGCUCAACAAAUGCAAGAAUCUCACCUUCAGGUUUUAGUGACCUGAACAUUGCCAGUUCUGCUUCAGCUGCCACCCAGUCCGUUGGUGGUCCCGUUCCACAGGGAACAUCUGAGCAGCCCAGUAAUAGUAAGAAGAGUUUUCAUCACCCAACCUCUGGCAGACAGAAGAAACGCUGCCAGGGAGGCAAAACAUCAUGGGGCCAUGGGGGUGCUCGGUGCGUGGGUCAGAGGAGCCUGGAUAAAGCCCUGGUCAGCUUCCUGAACUGGCAGCAGUCAGCAGAGGAGCGCCUCCUCUCCCUGGAGGAGGCACGGCUGGACAGAGAGCUGCAGGCUGAGGAGCGCAGGGAACAGCGUGAGGAGAGGAGGGCAGAACAGGAGCGCCAGCACGAGCUCCGCCUGUUCAGCAUGCUCACGGGGGCACUGGUUGCUGUCAGACAGGGCGCUCCGACUGCUGCAACAACACCCACUGACCCCUCCUUCUCACCCCCAGCUCAUCUGUCAGCAUCGCUGAUGACCACAGCUGCUCCCUCUGUCUCGUCAUCCUCAUCUCAGCCGCCUUCAGAAGCUCCCACUGCACAGGCUGUUCAGGAAAGAAUAAAGUCAACACCGCCUACAUCUGUCAAGGCCUGCAAAAUGUCUCACAACGUUUUGGCAACAGCGAGAGGUGCAGAAACUCCUGCCCCUAGCGUGUACCUUUCGAACCGUGGCAACAGCAUCCGACAACAUCAAGGCAUGCUCCAGGAGGGGUAUGCCCAAUAUCUAAGGGACAAACACCAUGACACAGAGAACCCUGAUGGUAUAAUCAACUUGGGUACCAGUGAGAACAAACUAUGCAGUGACCUUCUUCAUAAACGACUGACCAAGCCUGACAUGCUACAUGUUGAACCAUCCUUGUUGCAAUAUGGAGACUGGAGGGGGCACACAUUCCUCAGAGAGGAGGUUGCAAGGUUCCUGACUCACUACUGCUGUUCUCCAAACCCACUGAAAGCUGACAAUGUUGUGGUGAUGAAUGGCUGUGCUUCCCUCUUCUCGUGUAUUGCUACAGUAAUUUGUGACCCUAAAGAUGCCAUUCUCAUCCCUACUCCUUUCUACGGUGCUAUCAGUGAGGAUGUAAAAUUUUACAGUGAUGUGAAACUCUUCCAUGUUCCUCUCGAUGAUGAGGUUGAUGGCAAAGCCAGUCGACCGUUCCACCUUACUGUCAGCAAGCUGGAAGAAGGUCUGAAAAGGGCUAAAAAAGAGGGUGUGACCAUCCGAGGUGUUAUACUGAUAAACCCCCACAACCCUCUGGCUGAGAUCUAUACCCCAGAAGAGAUGAUUGCCUUCAUGGAGUUUGCCAAAAGAAAUGAGCUCCACACUAUCGUAGAUGAACUGUACAUGCUGACGGUGUUUGAUGAAUCUGUCGCCUUUCACAGCGUCCUCAGUACAGACAGGCUGCCUGACCCACAGAGGACACAUGUAAUGUGGGGGUUGAGCAAGGACUUUGCAAUGUCAGGAAUCAGAAUAGGCACCCUGUACACUGAGAACAGAGACCUUGUGGAGGCUGUGGCCCAGCUGGCCUCAUUCCACGGCAUCCCUGGAACCACCCAGCACCAGGUAGCACAGCUGCUACAGGACAGAGAGUGGAUCAACGAGGAAUUUCUGCCUGGGAACAGGUGCAGACUGAAAGCCGCUCACAGUUACAUCACAGCAGAGCUGCGGAGUAUGGGCGUCCCCUAUCUGGACAGACGUGCUACACUGUAUCUCUGGGCUGACCUCAGAAAGUACCUCAGAGAGUCGUCGUUUGAGGAGGAGCUGUCUCUGUGGAGGUUUUUCAUCAGACGCAAGGUGGUGUUGAGCUGUGGUCAGGCCUUCUCCUGCUCCUCCCCUGGCUGGUUCCGCAUUGUCUUCGCAGUCCCAGAGCACCACCUUCAGCUCGGCCUGAAGCGAUUUAGGGAGGCCUUGAAAGAAAUUGAAGAAAAAAGCUCCAGCCCUGAUUCACACUCUAUCAAAGAAGCCAGUGAGGAGAGCACAAAAUCAGAGAAAGAAGACAGCGCAGAUUCAGACAAUGCCGCGGUUGUCAACUCAACAUCAUCACCCCAGAGCAAGUCAUCCGACCGGCUGAAGGAGAAGGAUAGCCCUGUUCCUGACACGGGCUCGCUGGCCGCUGAGGGGUUCGUGUUGCUGGACUGCCAAGCAUCGAAGCCCGCAGACAACCUGGACUCUCUGAUUGGCACGCUCAGGCAACAGAUCCACUCCUCUGAUUGGCUGGAGAAAAACACUCCAGAGCUGUCUGCCGGGGAGGACCCAGAGAUUCUUGAUGUAUUCAAGGCCCUGCUGCAAAGAGCCAGAAAGUAAGCUUAGGAUAAACAGGCACGAAUUGUAGCUGCCAAAUUUCAAGAGGCAGCACUUGAGCAUCCUUCUUAGUGCCUGCGUUUAUCGUGAAAAGCUCGACACAAACACCUGACACGAGGUCAAAUCUGAUGCCUGUUUUUGAGUUAAGAGGGAAGAUUAGCUAAGAACAGGCUAGAGGAAAAAGAGGAAAAGUUAAGCAGGCAAGGCCAGGGUGCAAGGACAGGACAGAUUAUUUUUCUAUCUGCACCUCAAGGCCUUAUUUUUACUCUGCUACGGGAGACGGCCUUGUUUUUUAAAUUUUAUUAUCAAGACUGAAUGCUUAUUUACUCUAAGUGAAUGCCAAAUGUAAAUGAACAAAUCUGUCAUUCUUAAUACUUUGAAUCUGAACCUUACAUCCUUAUUAUUUGGUCAUAUGCACUUUAUUGUAUGAGAAUGUAUUGUACUUUCUAUGAAGUUAAUGAUCUGUGAAUAAAGGAAUUCAUUAAUUCUUUA